AUGCCCUUACAGGCGCCACACACAUCCCUGUCCUUGGCCUUAACAACAGCCUGUGAAGCUGCCGCUGGAAUGUUUGCUCAAACCCAGGAAGAAAAUCCAGAGGUGUUUGAGAGACACAUCCUGGGCCAAACACCUCCAGGCCCCUCUUCUCUGGGAGGUCAGCAGGAUGGGCAGCCAAGCCCUGAGCCUUUGCAGGGCCGCUCAGGAAGGCAGGUGGGGGAGCCAGACCCCAUCACCCCAUUCCCUCUCGUGGACACCCCACGCACCCUGGCAACAGAUUGGCCCACGUUGCCAUUUGCCAGCCUCACCCCCUCCAAGCCUCGGGUGUUCGGGGGCCUUCCCCAUCUGUGGGUUUCAGCCUUGCUGCAGGCAGGCAAGCCCUGGGCAGAGCAAACGUCGUUGGGCGUCUUUGGGCGCAGGCUGCCCCCCACGCUUGCUCGUGCUGAAAGAGUGGGAGCAGCUCCUGGACUUCGGGAUGUGAGGAGAGAAGCAGACACUGGGGAGGUGCUGUUUGCACUGAACCAGACGCUGUUGCAGCACGAGAGCGUGAGAGCCGGGAGUCUGCAGGCACCUUAUACCACUGAGGACCUCAUCAAACACUAUAACUGUGGGGACCUCAAUGCUGUCAUCUUCAACCAUGACACGUCCCAGUUGCCCAACUUCAUCAACACCACCCUUCCACCACACGAGCAGGUGACAGCCCAGGAGAUCGACAGCUACUUCCGCCAGGAGCUCAUCUACAAGAGGAAUGAGCGCAUGGGCAGGAGGGUCUUGGCACUGCUGCAGGAGAACCAGGACAAGAUCUGCUUCUUCGCUUUUGGAGCAGGCCACUUUCUGGGGAACAACACAGUCAUCGACGUCCUCCGCCAAGGGGGACUGGAGGUGGAGCACACACCAGCCGGGCAAACGGUCCACAGCCCUGCUGCCCAGAGCCCAGCACCCACGCCCAAGGAAAUCUCAGCGAGUCCAGCCCCAGUGACCCUGGCUGCUGUGGAACCCGCAGCGCCCUCGGCAACCCCCACCACCCCACCUGAGGAGGAGGACCCUGCCCUGUCCCCACACCUCCUGCUCCCUGACAGCCUAAGCCAGCUGGAGGAGUUUGGGCGGCAGAAGAAGUGGCACAAGAGACAGAAUAAGCACCCGCGGCCACGUCAGUUUAAUGAUCUCUGGGUCCGUCUUGAGGACAGCACCACCGGCUCACCGCCCCCAAUGCCACUACAGCUCACGCACAGUCCUGGGACCGCCGAGCCUCCUUUACAGCUCCCCAACCAGUUCCAGCAUCAAGAAAGUUCAGGGCCCGCUGGCAGCUCAACGCAGGGCUCCCAGCCUGCCCUGGGUCUCCUCCCUGCCUGUGCCGCCAGCCUCUUGCUGUGCACACUCCGGCCUUCCUGACCGAGGCC